GGUCCUUUAAGGAAUGGACCACCUCCAGCUGCUACUGCUGACAAGUCACUCUUACCAGCGCAUGCACACCAGCUUCGACGCACUGGUGGAGCACGUUAAGAUUCAUGGAAGACAGACGGAGGAGUGUCCAGUUUGUAAGGGACGUUUUCGUGCACUGAACGACCAUAUUCGACGUGAUCAUCCUGAUUGCCAGUACCGAUCGAGGAAGAGUCCGGACCGCGUUCGGAAAGAUAAUCUUCACCGGUGUGGAGAGUGUGGGAAGGUAUUCAAAACAGCUGAUGCUUUUGUCGUUCAUGCCAAGGCGCACCGCGCUAAAGCCUUGUGGGCCACUCUGACGUGUAGCGACUGCGGUCUGCGCUUUAAAACGGAUGUCUUAUGCCGGCUGCACAAAAUCCACCACGGAAAUGAAGAAUCAACGGAGCUUACUCGUGACGCUCGAGAAUGUCCUGAAUGUCAUCAAAUCUUUGAGAGCCGGGAGGGACUAGUUGAACAUGUUAGCGAGCAUGGGAAAGCAACCGAAAAAUGCGCACUGUGCGAAGAACGGUAUAUCUCUUUGGUGAACCACAUAAGACGUGAUCACCAAGCCCAAAAUCCACUGAAAGCGGCGGUUUUGGCAUGCUGCGUACCCGGAUGUCAGAAUGUGUGCGAGUCGGAUACGCCGAAUGCAAGUACAGCGAAAGUGCCGUUCUUCCGGUUCGUUGGAUCAGCUGAUCCGCGGUAUGAAACUUGGAUGCGGCGACUGCGGUACAAUUCAUCGUGGGUGCCGCAUUUUAACGAAAGGAUUUGCAGUGAUCAUUUUCUCGAGUCCGAGAUCAAAUUUAGGAAGGACAGUGCUUGGCUCGUAAGGACAGCCGUACCCAGUCAGCUGUCGUGCAUGAGCGCAUUAUGUGGACUAACUGCAGCAGAAAUGGCUUCCGGAGCGAUCGGUUGUGCUGUGUGUGGCUUGCGUCCGUCAUCUGACCCACAACCGAAACCCUCCGACAAGCUGACGUUUUUUCGCGCGCCUUCUACUGCGUCUGGUGAAUUAAGAAAGAAAUGGGUGGAUUACUGCAAUCAGCAGCGCACGGACAUCGAUUGGGCAUCCAUCGGGGCGGAUACACCGUGGUAUGUCUGCGAAAACCAUUUCGAGUGGAAGUACAGAAAAGCGGCGCAAGACGUUGGCUCUGUCGCCAGUGAUAGUGAAGCAGUUCCGUCAUUGUCCUUUUCCCUGGACAUCAACUAUGUUGGCUCAAAUCUGACGAGUCCUAGUUCGCAUGUGCGCGCAAAUCUUGUGAUGCGUAAAGGCAAUUUCUGUUGCGUGCCGGGAUGUGAAACUAUUUUAAAAAAGGGGGAUUCCGUGGUAGGAAAAUUUUUCGAUUUUCUUCCACCAGCAGAUGAACGGUAUGAGGAAUGGCUGCGGAUGGUGCGAUACAAUUCUUCCUGGAUUCCAAAGGGCCGUGCCAGAAUUUGUUGGGAUCACUUUCCCGCAUCGGAAAUUAGGCGCGGGACUGCGGGGUCUAAUCCACAGACCCGCUUACGCGUUACAGCUUUUCCCACUCAACUGUCCUGCAUGGAAUCGUUAUGCACAUUCUCUCCGGCAGAGAUGAUGGCAGGAAAGGAAGGUUGUGCUGUAUGUGGUCUGCGCCCGUUUGUACCAAAUCGACGACCGAAAGUCUCGGAGAAGCUGGAAUUCUUCCGGGCACCGUCUGGCGAAAUUAGAGAGAAAUGGAUUAAUUUUUGCAAAUCGCAGAGGACGGAUAUUGAAUGGAGUUCGAUUUCGGAGAAAACACCGUGGUUCCUCUGCGAGAAUCAUUUUGAUGCGCAGAACAAAGCGGAAUAUGCGGCGCAGACAGCGACUCCUUCCCUUCCGUUUUCCAUGUACGUCAAUUCUAGAGAUUCAGAAUCUACCGCAACUGCACGGCGCGAGCGAGCUGAAAUGCAAGAAAGAAAAAUGAAGAGAAAAUUCCAGCCGCUUGGGUGUUGUGUACCGGGCUGUCGGAAAUUCGCAUGGAACGACACACCAUCGGCACCGGUAUCCCUUCAUUGUAUCCGGCAAGGGAUGGUGGGUCGAGAAGAUUGGGUAAAUCAUAUCCGUUGUUCUGUGUCAUGGAGUCCUAAACCACGCGAUGCAAUAUGCAGUCGACAUUUCUGCCCGGAAGAUUUCGUCGAACUAUCUGCCGACCAACCGGCCAAAGCCAGAAGGUUGAGAGCAAACGUUGUGCCGUCUCGGCUGGAGUGUGCUGAAGAGUACCGCGCUCCAAUUAAUAGUCAUCCGUUAGUGGGACAUGAUAAUGUUCAGACGUGCUGUGUAUGUGGAUGCUGGCGGCCAGUGGACGAGGCGGGUCUUAUUCCGUCUGAGAGACUGAGCUUCUUUCCCUUUCCGGAUGACGAAAUCCUACGUGAUUCGUGGGUAACUGCGUGUCGCCAGUGGAAUCCCAGUUUGACUAUGUCGAAAGAAUCUGUUAUUUGUGAAAAUCAUUUCUCGUUGGAGGAUUUAACAAGCCUGCUGGAAGACGGCAAAGAAGCUAGACUGAUGCCGAAGAGCGGUGCCAUUCCAACAUGUGAGAGGCUGUCUGUGUCUGUUAGAGUAAAUACCAACGCACCAGUUAGAACGAGCAGCAACAGUGCUGGUCUUGGUUACUCUGGGUAUAAAUGCUGCGUGCCGGGAUGUGGGAUUCGUGCGCAAGUUGAAGGCAAAUCGGAGAAGAUAACCUUUCAUGUUUUUCCUGGUCUCGGCACUUCAUCCCGCUUUUGCGAGUGGAUGAACCGGAUUCGCUGUGCAAUUUCUUGGAAACCUGAUCGGCACUCCCGAGUGUGUAGUAAGCAUUUUCGUCCAGAAGAUUUUGUGCAGGAAACGGCGAGAGGAAAACAGCCGCGCACUAAUCUGUUAAAGAAAGAUGUCGUGCCGUCAGUAUUGCAGUGUGUCGAAAAGUUCCGAAGCCCGAUCGGUUUAAGUACAUCGGCUGAGACGCAGGAAGUGCGCGUGUGCUGUGUGUGUGGUUGGUGGCGCAGUACCCACGAAAGAUUUGUCCGAGCAGAAGUACUGACGUUUUUCUCGUUUCCUUCGGAUGAUGAUGUGCGCGUGAAGUGGAUAAAUGUUUGCCGCGAAUGGAAUCCCGAAUUCGUAUUUUCGGAAGGGUUGCUGGUGUGUGAAAAUCAUUUUCAUUUGGACGAAUUAACGUGGGUGAAUGUGAACCAGCUGAACAAGGAGGUAAAAUUGCGAAGCGAUGCAGUUCCGUCGACGAGAUGUUUGCGUCCGCUAAGCGCUGUAGACGAUACAAAUGCGCGAGAUGAUGCUGCUCAAAUGGCAGCAGGAGUGCCGUUUGAUGAUCUUGCUGGACUGUCUCCUUUUGAUCUGCAUCCGGACGCUGAUACGGCGGAUGAGGAUGAAAGCGAAGCUGGCAGUGAUUUUUACGCCGAAAGAAACGCUAUGUCGGCAGAUGAGAGCGCAUGGGAUUAUGAUGCAGCGGAAGACGAUGAUUCGCUCAUGAAAGAUGAUAAUACCGACGUAUCCGUAACCGACAUUGCAAAUUCCAUUUGCGCUCCUUUGAGAACGCCAAUGGCUGCCGAAAAUGGUCUUCCGGAGGACGAGGAUUUUACUCGUGUUGGCGCCGUUCAUGAUAUGCCAUCGGCACUGCCGUUCACCAUAGAAGAGGCAAUGGAGAUUACACCUCCUUCUUCGCCCCCACGAUAUGCCCUGGAUGAUGCUUUGAUGUACUGUGACUGCUGUCACAAAUUCCUUUCCACUCCGUGUUGGCUGCAUGCAGCCAGCGUCUGCGAUGAACCAGUUGUUCCGUUGUCCGUCGGAAGCUUGCCCAAGAUGCUCUACCUGGAUGUUUGCGACGAUUCGCUGACUGGAAAAGCUGUCUUCACGAAGGAAGUGAUUGCCCGCCACACGGUGUUUGGACCGUUAAUUGCUCCUGUGACGCCGGGCGAUAGUGAGAAAGCGCUGUAUUUUAGUAUUACGGAAGAGCUACGUAGAUAUUACGAACUGGAGUCGGAUUACGCCUGCAACUGGAUGAAGCAUGUCCGCUUUGCGGACAGCCUGCAAAGCAGCAAUUUGCUGGUGUUUUCGCGCGGAUCGCAAGUGGUCUUUGUCACCAUCAAAACCGUCGCUCCUCACGAAGAACUAAAAGUCUGGUAUUCCAGGCAGUACUUGGAAAUGGUGGAAGCGCUUAAAAGCACUGCUGUGGAAGCCACCAUACUGAAAACGGAGGAUGACGUUGAUGGGACUUGUUGCGAUGAUUAUGACGAAAUGGCAGAUGCCGUACCUGGGAGCGAGGAAGUGCCAGGAAAUUCCUCAGUGGGAGCUGUUUGUAUGUCGCGUUUGCCGAUGGAAAGCGAGUCAUCGCUGCCAGUGACUGUAGAUGAUGAUUACCGGCAGACUGACGGAAGAUCUGGUGGACGGCCAAAGACAUUGCGUUCGAAACCGAAACGAAUGAGCAAAGCGCGGACAUUUUUCACCAGCAAUAUUUGUUUGGAAUGCAACGUAAGGUUUCGGAGAGAGGAUAUGCUGCGUUUGCACCAAUUGGGUCACACGGGUUACGAUGACCAGCCAGAACGAGAGUGUCCUGAAUGCUCGAAGCACUUCGACGAAUUUUCCGCUCUACUGAAACAUGUAGACGAGCAUGGAACGCCGCUCGUGGAGUGCCCGGUCUGCAGUGAGACCUGCAGUUUGAGCGCUAUACUCGUGCAUCUACACCGCUACCAUCCCGGAUUUGAAAGAAGAGGAUUGUAUCUGAGACGUUUGAACUGCGAUAAGUGCGGCAUGCGAUUUGCCAAUAAUUUCCUCUAUCGGUUACAUCAGCUAGGUCAUCAGGACCAAGAGUGUGUCGACAGUAUAAAAAUCACGCGAAAAUGUCCCGAAUGCGAUGAAAUGUUCGAAAGACUGGAAAAGUUAGCGGAGCACGUGAAUGUGCACGGAAAACACACAAAGAAAUGCCCAGUAUGCAACGGCUAUUACGCUGGAAUGAAGAAACAUAUUGCACGUAAUCAUCCGCAGUACUUGCCCGAAACAUGUUGCCCGAAAUGUAGGAAAGAAUGCACGAAUGAAUCCUCCUUACUGCGCCACCUGCGGAGCCAUCGGGUAAGAGCAUCUAUGGAUAACUUGACGUGUCAGGAAUGUCGACUGCAGUUUCCGAAAGACAGUUUAUAUGUCAUUCACAAGACCAGCCAUGACUCUGCAGCCUAUCACGUUAUUUCGGGCGCGGAAAAGUGCCCUGAAUGUGACAAAGAGUUCGACGGGAUGGUUGCACUGUUGGAGCACGUUGUUAGUCAUGCUGUAGCAGCGGAGAAAUGCCCAGAAUGCAACCAUUGGUUCGGCCGCCACCGUUUGCGUAAGCACAUGAAGAACCAUCAUCCUGCGCGAGCGCAUAAGGCUGUUUUGCAACAGAAAGAUUCGGAGGAAACGCCCAAGAAGAUUCAUCCGAAAACGACACCUGAAGCAUUAGUGUGUACUGAUUGUGGGCUGCGGUUCCUUACCGAAGAUCUCCUCCAUCUUCACAAGCAUAUACAUACAAAGGAUGAAAUUUCAGUCAGCACAAGAGAAUGUCCCGAGUGCCGGAAAUUGUUUGCCACGGCGGAUGAACUUGUGGAGCACGUCGCAGAACAUGCAUCAGUUGCAAGGAAGUGUCCGGUUUGUGGUCGGUGGCGAACGAAUAUGAGUCAACACCUCAAAAAUCAGCAUCCCGGAUACAAGAAGGAGCACAAACACGUGCCGAGUCACCGCGCUAAAGCCGCACUGGUCGCUCGUACGUGUAGCGAGUGCGGUCUGCGCUUCAAGACCGAUAUCCUGUCUCGAUUGCACAGAAUGCUACACGGAAACGAAGAAUCAACGGAGCUGAUUCGUGACACACGAGAAUGUCCUGAAUGCCACCAAAACUUCGAACAUCUGGAGGAAUUGGUUGCACACAUUAGUGAGCACGGAAGAGCGACGCAACAAUGUCCAGUGUGCGGAGACUGGUUUGCUGCGUUGGCUGAACACAUCCGACAUUAUCAUCCGGAUUACCGCCGUCUUAGGCCAGUGAAAUACGGGAAUCUGACGUGCAGCGAAUGCGGCCUGCGAUUCACAAGCGAUUUGUCAUGCCGGUUGCAUGCAACAUCCCACGGGAAAGCGGACGUAGCGGAGGAUAUUCGUGAAAUCCGAGAAUGUCCACAAUGCGAUGAAGGUUUUAAAGAACUGAAUGAAUUGGUUGAACACGUUAUCGGGCACGGGAAACCAACCGAGAAAUGUCCAGUCUGCGGAGAGUGGUACGCGGCAUUGCAGAACCAUACCCGACGCGAUCAUCCGGAUUACCACUAUCAAGUGGAACCUGACAAUGAGAAUGAUCGCUCAGAUGAAGAUAACGCAAAUCAAACGUACAGAUGUCCAAAAUGCAGCAGAAAUUUAAGUUCAAAGAUUAGCUUGGCGACGCAUAUUUCGAAGCAUCGAGUGUACGAAGCGAAGUACGGAAACUUGACCUGCAGCGAGUGCGGACUGCGAUUUACAAACGAUUUGUUGUGCCGGUUGCAUGAAGUAUCCCACGGGAAAUUGGAAAUAGCGGAGGAUAUCCGUAACACUCGAGAAUGCCCGCAAGGCGAUGGAAUAUUCCAAGAACUGGAUCAGUUGGUGGAACAUGUUGCCGGACAUGGAAAGCCAACGGAAAAAUGCCCGGUUUGCGGAGAGUGGUACGGCGCGCUGAAAAGUCACAGCAGACGUGAACAUCCGGAUUACCACUAUCAGCUGUUAAAAGAUGACAAUGAAAACGACCGCUUGGAUGCCGGGCUGGUCGACUCGUAUAAGUGCCCGAAAUGCAGCAAAGAAUUCACUUCACACAUCAGCUUGAAGGCGCAUAUUUCGAAUCAUCGGGUGAACGAAGUGAAAUACUGGAAUCUGACGUGCAGCGAGUGUGGUUUGCGUUUCGGGAGUGAAGCCCUGUGCGAUUUGCAUCGUCUGCAGCAUAAAGAGAAGGACGACUCGAGUAGUCUUGAGGAGGAUGUGGAUGGUUGUCCGCAGUGCGGUGAAUCCUUCCAACAAGUCGUCGAACUGGUGGAGCAUGUGGCUUCGCACGGAAGACGCACGGACAAAUGCCCGGUGUGCGGUCAGUGGUAUGCCGCCCUGAAGGAGCACAUCCGCCGUGAUCAUAAAGAACAUUACGCGGAAUUUGUCGCACAAGAAAAAUUAAAUUGUGACACACCCAAGACGAAAGAAGGUAGCGGGUAUCGAUGCGAGAAAUGUGGGAAACUGCUUCCCACGCGUACCAGCUUCGAUUCGCACAUGAGGGGACAUCGUGCGAACGAACUCAUGUACGACUCUGUGACUUGCAUCGAGUGCGGACUGCGAUUUGGAAGUGCGCUGCUGUGUCAGCUGCACAGGUUGCAGCAUGGCAGCGAAGGAUGCAGCGAUGAGGAGUUGAGCAACACCAAAUCCUGUCCCGAAUGUGAGGAAGAAUUCGAAGAAUUAGAACUGUUGGUCGAUCACGUUACCGCACAUAGCAAAGCGACCAGCAAAUGUGCCGUCUGCAGUCGUUGGUUCAGUGAUCUCCGACACCACGUGCGGCGCGAACACCCGGAGUCUUUUGAGGAUUUUGUUACUCAGUUGCAGCGUUCUGGAGCAAAAGUCCCGGCUAAAGCCGUAUCUGAUGGAUCGGAGCGAAAAGAGACUCCACAGAAAGGCUACUGUUGUCCAGAAUGCUCCAGAAGUUUUGAGAAUUUCGGUAGUUUUAAGCGACAUUUGCAGAGUCACGGCGUGGAAAAUCCGUCCGAUAUUGUGACUUGCGACAUGUGCGGUUUACGCUUUACUAACGAACACCUGUGUGAGCUACAUAAAGUGAGCCACGGAUUAUUCAGCAAAAACCUGGAAAACACGGGAAAAUGUCCAGAGUGUGGAGGGAAUUUUCAGCAGCUGCAGGCGCUGGCACAGCAUCUUGGCACCCACGGAGUGCAGACGGAGCAGUGUUCGGUGUGCAACAAGUGGUUCGCUUCACUGCGACAUCAUGCGCCACAGUGUCGUAGUCACGCCGAUCGCCAUGACCGCUCCGAAUCGUCAGAUGAUGCCGGAACGAACACGUCGGCAUCUACCAAAACUGGAGACUGGAAGAAAAGCUUUGAAUGUCAGGAAUGCGGGAAAGAAUUUCGUUUGCGUGCUGGUUUGCAGGCGCACAUGAAGACUGAUCACGCGGCACUGAAAUGUGUGGUUUGUGACAAAGUGUUCGGGAGCCAUACUGAUCUGCAGCAGCAUAUGCUCGCUCACAGCAACAGAAAUCAACUGAAAUGCGGAAUCUGCAAGAAAACAUUCCAGUCGUCGCGUAUCUUUGCGGCGCAUGUCAAAGAGCAUGAAAAUGGGAAAUUAUCGGAACCUGUUGCAGAAGAACCUGUGCCUAAUGAAUGCGUAGUGUGCCGGAAGUCAUUUGCGGAUUUUCUUGAGCUGAAUCAGCAUGUGAAGAAGCACAAUGUUAACGGUGGAUUUGAUUGCGCGAUGUGUAAUGAAACAUUUCCCUUCUAUCAUUUAUUGUCUUGCCAUGUGAUGGAGAAACAGCAUUUUCGUCCCAAUAUCGGCAUCCGGUGCAGCGUGUGCGAUGAAGAGUUGCCCGACGAAAGCGCGUUACAGCUGCAUUUAUUUACGCACCACGAUGCGGAGUUGACAGUCAAGUGUUACCUGUGCGCGGAACGUUUCACUUGUAACGAUGAUCUCGACGUGCACAUUGCUGCAGCGCACGCAACGGCGAAUGGGGAUGAUUCCGAAAUGGAGAUGGAUGAGGAUGAGGAAGUGGGUCGGGAAUGUUAUCAGGAACUGAUGGCAGGGUUAAGCGACGACAGCAACGAAUAAUCAGCAGGACUUACUGAUCCGAAAUUGUAAUGGCGACAAUUUAGUGACUUUGGUUUGGAAUCCGUAAGCAUGGAUAUUGACGUCGGCUUGUGUUUUGUUAUUUUUGUAUUAAAUACUAUUUUGUGAUAGCAUGAAUGUAAGUAAAUUAGUGAUUACUGUCAUUGCUGGUUUCUUUUAUAUAUGAUAAUUGCUUCGUUGGAGUUAUCGGUUUCAGUUCGCAUUUCAGGGAUUCUUUUAAUCAGUCGUUGCUAUUGUUUUUUAUAUGCUAAGGCAUCGUAUUGUUUUGUUUAAUAAAG